AUGGAUCAGGAAGAGGGGCUGACGGCCGUCGACAAUAUAGUCACUCAGUUCAACACCUAUGAAGAUUUCCUCAACUCGCAGAUCUCUACUGUAGACUUGUACUACCUGGAGGAUGAAAGCCUGGCCAGACAGUUGGUGGAACUAGGAUACCGAGGGACUGGAGAGGUGGUGAAAAGGGAAGAUUUUGACUCAAGAAAGGCAGCUAUAGAGAUUGCAAGAUUGGCUGAAAGAACUCAGAAAAAAACAUUAACAAGUGCUGGUAAAGACCUUCAAGACAGUUUUCUGAAGGCCCUGGCAAUGAGAGAAGAAGACAAUCGUAACGGAAAAAUGAGUCUAAAUCAACCUGAGGCUGAGGCUGCUUCCAUUUUUAGAAAACAAAUUGCUUCUGUGAUCUUUAUUCGUGACAGAAAUUCUCAUGGACAGGAGGUGUCGGGAUAUAUUGACUAUGCCCACAGAUUAAAGAUAGAAGAUUUUGAAGUUUACUUCAGUGGAAAAAAAAGACUACUUCCAAAGCCCACAGAUCUGAGUUUUUACAACUGGGAAAGUCAUAUUGCUCUUUGGAAUUCAAGUCCCAAUUAUCAAGUAAUUGCUGAUAACCCAGAAGGCUUACUCUUCAAAUACAAAAGAGACAGAAAAAUUCUCAAUGUGGACCCCAAGGCUCAACCAGGUGACAACUCUACUCGAACACCUAUCCAAACAGACCUCUACAUACAAGUUGUCAUUUUUGACCACAUUUCCAGAAGAAAGACCUAA